UACCUAGCUAGUACGUUGAGGUGGGCAACUAUGGUGCACCAUAGAAGAGCAGGCGCCACUUAUAAUUACAAAUAAAAUAAGUGGCUUUUUUUUUUUUUCUAUUUCAUCUCACAAGUCAGAUUUAGCCUUUCCAUUCCAUCUUGCUCUGCAGGGUUUUGUUUUUCUUUCUUUCUUUCUUUCUGUCUUUCGAGUUUUGACCUGAAUUGAUGGAGCCCGAGAAGAUCAUGGAGCCGGUCGUGAUUUUGUUAAGAAGAGACUAUAUCGAUAUCAUGUAUCGGUAUUUCACAGGAAUGACUGGCCACAGCUUCCGCGGCAAGGAGAUUCUUGGAGAAUUGAUGAACGCCGAGUUAUUCGGAGGCUUCGACACCAAAACUUGUCAAGACUUCAUUAAUUGGUUCACUAACAUUGAUUCCUCUGGCAAAACCUAUUAUCGUCAUAAAUUCGAAACUCUUUGCGAAUCAGACUCAUUUUUUCGUCUCUGCCAAGACCUGUAUCUGCACCGCUACCGUAUAGUUAGUCGUCGGAACAUAAUUUCCCUAAAAAGCUUGGACGGAGUGGCUACAAGCGUUGACAUGAGAGUUGUCGCCGCUGAAUCUGAGGUUUUGAGUGCUUUUACAGAUCGUGGUGGUGGGCGCCGCUUGGUCGAAGGGGAUGAGAUCCCGCUAAAGAAUUUAUCAGGCAAGAUCGUCUCAGAGAUCACGCACUUCAUGAACAAAAAACACGAUUUUAGCAGGGAAUUGAAGAACCUUAUCAUCAACUACAAGGGUUGGUGUACACAAUAUCUUAAGCUUAACCGAACCAUGCUCUCAGACUUGAAUGAGGCUGCGGAAUUUCUGGGCAUCAAGAGCUUGUUCAAGUUGACAGGAAGGGCAGUGAUGGAAUUAGGGGAAAAAACUAUGGAGGAGAUAACAGAGUGGUGCGGGAGACUUUCAUUUUCAGAAAUGCUCUCAUCCCUUGUGGUUGGGGUUGAAGAGGAUCUCAGGGAAAGGGAGGCUCCUUCCCUUUGGCCUUUUGCAUGACAAACUCAAAUAAAAUCCAAAUGUUCUUUAGCAGUAAUGUUGGAAGUGGAACCAAUAAGUCUAGGCAUUUACUGCCUUCAUUGUGUCUUUUAAUCUCAUGAUUUGACAGUUUUACGAAAGUACGAUGUUAGGUGUACACUAUAAUUAGCCACUAAAAUUAAUCAUCAGUAUAAAAUAUAUGUUAGAAUAUAAAUACAUAUUGAAAAUAAAUUAAA